UCGCGGAAAAUAAAAUUUUCCCACAGUUUUGAAAAUUUUUUUUUGUUUUUUCAAAAAAAAAAUUGACAAAAUGUUAUACAACCAAUCAAAACAGUUCGAUUUCCCGGGUUCGGUUAAAUUUGAAAAAUUCGAUUCAUUCACGCCGUGGUUAAAAAGAUUUAUUAAAAGCAAGACAUCAUAUUUCGAAAUAAAAAUAUUUCUUCAAAAGUUAUGUUGAGCUGUGUAUGCAUUAUAAUAUUAUCGCCACAGAUUUGCCAUAUUCUGACCAAAUUAUUAUUCUCGGAUAUUGACAAGGAUCGCAAAAUUAUAGCACCACCCCCAAAGUUUAGCGGCCUUUUAUGGUUUUUAUUGGUGUUAGCGUUUUUCGGUGGCGGUUUGAUCGUGCCGGCAAUAAGCGCGGAAGAUUCUAAUCAUUCUUUCGUAACUACCCAGAAAGACGAUAACGAUUUGAAGGUUGGCAAACGGUCAUCGUCAUCCCUUUUCGACUUGGGUUUGAGACAGGAAAUAAUGAAGAAUUUGUCCAAAAACUUGACUAAAAUCUCUCCCAAUAUCGCAACCACUGAGGGAAUGGUAAGGAAAGAUGUCAAUAUGAGGUUAGUAGACGAAGUUCCUCCAUUCAUGCUUCUGCUUUACAGUGAGGAAUAUAAAGGUGAUUCAGAUCACCUGAAAACCACGAAAUCUAGCGACUUAUUUGACGAUAUUCCGAACGAUACCCAUGAAAAUCGUCACGUGAUCACUCCUUCGGACCCCCUAUUUUUCGACAGAUUAUUACUACUCGAUGAGGGUUACCGUAAAAAGAACUCGAGCUACAUGGAAAGUAAAUACUUUUCUCUCCUAAAAGCGGAAAACGAGUUUCGGCGGCGGGGUGGAAAUUACGAGCAACCGGAACUGAUUGAUCGGCAUGGAAAAUAUGAUUUCGAAUCCAUAGUAGCGACCAAGCCGGAUAGAAUCGUGAUAAGAUCCCCUCUGAACAUCGAAAUUCACUUCAACACUACCAAAUCCUUGACGCCCAACACGGCAUUCAACGAAUUAAUUUUGUACGGAGAAAGACUUUAUAAUCAGAGCAAUUUAACCCGAUCGAUCAUCCCGAGCGAGGAGAAUCAUUUCAUUAAAGUGUGCUUGAAGUUGAGUCGAGAUGAUUUCUCACUCCGAGGUUCAUGCACCUACCAAACACUUUCGUCUAAAUCUAAAUACGACAUAAUUGUCGUUAACAUCUCUUCCAAUUUUAUGAAAGAGGCGCGAAACACUGGUUUCUUGAUUUUGACCGUCGAACUAUCCAGGAAUGACUCCGAACCUCCUUCCAUGAAUCUCGAUCAAAUUUACAACACUAAUAUAUCUUCUAAAUAUGGGCCCUUUUUGAUAACUUAUCAAAAUUACGACGAUGAAACGAGAUUUAAACGAAAGAAUAACGUUAUCCUCAAUCACUCCAGGAUUAAAAGACACAUCUCCUCCGAUUACAAAUAUUGCCAAUUGCGUGAAUGGUAUAUCGACUUUUCGACUCUCGGUUGGAAAGAUUGGCUCAUUAAACCCGACGGAUAUUACAUCAACUAUUGCACCGGAAUAUGCGUAUCACCUCUUCUCAACGAAAAUUACAACGCUAGCAUGCAUGCCUUUAUUAAAGAUUUGUGGCUUAUAGCCACCAAGUCCCAUCCUAACCAUGACCAGGGAAACAGGAACACAUCUAUGAAAGAUAAGAAAAAUAGGGAAGAUCUGCCACCUUUGGCUUCUUGCGUUCCUAUAGAAUACGAACCAUUGAGUGUUUUGUACAUUGAGGAGUCUAAUAUAAUUCUCAAGCAUUUAUUCGAUAUGUCGGCAUCGAGAUGUGGAUGCCAUUGAUGGUUGAUUCAGAGGUAAAGAUCUGAACGAAGCUUAGCAAAUUAAAAUUAGAUCUUAAAAUUUCUCUUGUUGAAGCGAACUCUCCAGUGAAAUCAAAGCGGGAAUGGUUUAGUGUUACUUACUCUUACUUGCUGCCUGUCGCAUUGCAUAUAAUUUGUAUUAAUUAUUAAUCCAUCAUCUUUGUCUAUUUUUAUUACCAUAAUUCCAUUGUAAAAAUAUUUUGUUAUUAUGUCAAUCAAUUGUUGGAUAUUUUAGUUACUUCGAACAAAAUUAUAUUAACCCCCCCCCCCCAAAACAAAUUUAACUUUAUACAAAAAUUCCUAAGAGAACAACAUUUAUCCCAAUAUAAACAGUAUGAUGCUAAGUCAUAAUAUGCAAUAAUAUAUAUAAUGUAUCGUUUACCAUGAUAAAAGAUGGCAAUUAAUGGGACGAUUCUUAUUAAUCGGCUUUAAGUAGUGAUGUAAUCGAUGAAAUAGACGACAUUACAGAGAUCGUUCUUUUUGGUGGGGAAGGGAUACGCACCAUUAGUUACUUGUUUCAAAAUGUAACGAUUUUGAGUAAGGGUGAGGCAAGACAUUACUCGUUAGAAAAUAUAUAUUUUAUUAUAUUAUACUUUUAAAGCCGAGUUUUUUUUAUAUUCAGAAUCAGAUCAACCACCCGAAGUUAUAUUUUGUAUUUUAUUUAAUACACAUUUCUUAUAUAAUUUAAUAUUUAAUUUAUAAAGAAUAUAUGUUCAAUAGGAUUUAUUUCUUCAGAUGAAGAUGCUUAAAUUGUGCCCUGGCUCCAGUAGGAAUUGAGUCUAC